AUGAAGUUACUUUGGAUAUUAUUCUUGCUAACAUUUAUACAGAGCAAUAUAUGUCAAGCAAAUAAAAAUAAAAUCUUUGAAGGUUCAGAAGCACCCAUUGGUCAGUAUUCGUGGAUGGUUUCAAUACGAUUAGAUCUUCUCGGCUCAGUAACACCUCUAUGUGGCGGUGCAAUUAUCUCAGAAAUAUUUAUUCUUACUGCUGCUAGUUGUGUUCAACAAGCAACAUUUUUCGCUAGUUUCUAUACAAUCAAAGCUGGUAUACAUAACGUAAUUAAUGGUAGUGAAACAGAACAAUUUCGAAGAAUGUCAUACGCUAUCAUGCAUCCGAAUUAUACCAUUGGUAGGGAUGUUAACAAUAUUGCACUUGUACGUGUUACUGAACCAUUCAAUCUCAAAGCAUUGACUGUGUCAACAAUUUCAUUGUCAAAUUUAACAUCAUUAGAAAAUAUGGAUAUGAUAACAAUAGGAUGGGGUCCCUCAACAAAUUCAUCGAAUUCUACAGUACCAAUGGUUCUUUUACAAGAAAAAGUUAUACGAGAAAAUAUUGAAUGUACAAAAAACAUAGCAACACAUCCAGAUCUACAACUUUGUGCAACUGGUGCUUGCCAAGUUGAUAGUGGUGGUCCAUUGAUGAUCUUUUCGGAAGAUAUACAACAAUAUCAACUUGUUGGUAUUACAGGUUUUCGUAAUAUAUGUGCUACCGAAGGGCUAUUUACUCGAGUAGCACCUUUUAUAAACUGGAUUGAAACAUCAUUAAAUAAUCCACCACCUAUACAAACACUUCCACCGAUUGUAACUGCUACAGUACCAACUCCAGGACCAGAUGUACUUGGUGAUCCAAUUGUAUUUAAAUGCAAUACAAGUUCUUCAUGUGGUUGUUCAUCAACACCCGUUGUCUUUCAUGAUGAGCCACCAUUUCCAUCAAUAUCUGAUCGGAUUAAUGGAAGAAUUGUUGGUGGUGAGAAUGCUCAACCACAUAGUUGGCCUUGGGUUGUGUCAUUGCGAUCAUUCUUGAGUACACAUUCGUGUGGCGGUGCUCUUUUAAAUGAAGAAUGGAUAGUAACUGCUGCUCAUUGUCUAAUAACUUUUGGAGAAAAUACAAUUCAUAUUGGUGUCCAUAAUGGUACACAUCCAUCGCCACAAAUACGUAAAUUUGCUGAAACAAUACAACAUCCAGACUAUGUACCACCACCCAGAUAUAUCAAUGAUAUUGCGCUUAUUCGUCUUUCAGAGCCAGUUGAUAUUGGAGAACCUAGCAAUUACGCUGGUAUUACUUGUCUGCCACCGAAAGCUGCUGGACUUGACUAUCCAAAAGCUGAUACACGUUUAGCAGUAAUUGGAUGGGGUAAAUUGCUCCAUGGUGGUAGUUCACCACAAGUACUACGUCAAGUUCGUGUAAAAACAAUAGCUAAUAAUGAUUCUCGAUGUGUAAAUUCAAUUUAUGAUAUAGAACGACAAUUCUGUGCAAUGGUCGAUGGUGGUGGAAAGGAUUCAUGUCAAGGUGAUAGUGGUGGUCCAAUUCAUCAAUGGCUUGGAGAUCGCUGGGAGCAAGUUGGAAUUGUAAGUUAUGGAACCGGAUGUGCUCAACCAAAUAAUCCAGGAGUAUAUACUCGAUUAUCACUUUAUCACGACUGGAUCUAUAAUACUAUUAACAGAGUACCUACAUCAACAAAGGAACCAGAUAGAACAGCAACAACAAUAAGAACAGCAACAACAACAAUAACAAUAACAGCAACACUAACAACAACAGCAACAACAACAAUAACAACAACAAUAACAACAACAGCAACACUAACAACAACAGAAACAACAACAAUAACAACAACAACAGCAACAUCAACAACAACAUCAGAAACUGACGCAUGUCCUCAUUGUGCUAAUGGAGGAGCCAAUACAAUCGGAGCAAACUUAUUUUUCGGUUUAAUUUUUCAUUUAUUAUUUCUGUUUGUAUUGUUUUAA